GGCGUAGCUGAGUCUGUGUCUGGAUUCUGGUUUAGAUGUGCCACCACGGCCCAGCCAACGUCCCACUGUUCCCACUCUGGUCCCACUGGCAGUGUGAAAAAUAUCGGAUAGAGGUGAAGCCAAUGAAAACCAUGGCAGCUCCGUUCAGAUCACUUGUGAAAGAUUAUCCGAGAUACCUCAAAUCAUUCGAGCUCUUUCUGGAGCGCUCAUCGGAGCACCAGUGCAUGCAGGACUUCAUUCAUAAUACACUACCAGACAUACUGGCAAGCAUUGGAGGGGGAAGACCUAUUCUCAAUGUAAUAGGAGUAGGGAGUGGAGCAGGUGAGAUUGAUCUCGAUAUGUUCACUCAGUUACACCUUAAACAUCCACAUGUCAAAUUCAACAAUGAAGUGGUGGAACCAAGCAGUGACAUGCUGCACAAGUAUAAAGUUCGGGUAUCAACCACUCCAGGUCUUGAUCACAUUAACUUUGUGUGGAAUAAGAUGACAGCGUCUGAGUUUGAAAAACACUGGCAAGAGAAAAACUCUGGGGAAAAGAUGGACUUCAUUCACAUGAUACAGAUGCUGUACUAUGUCAAAGAUCCAGAGGCCACCGUUUCAUUUUUUCGGAAUCUUCUAGAAAAAGAUGGGAAACUCUUGAUCAUUCUGGUGUCAGGCGAGAGUGGAUGGGGCAAAUUAUGGACAACCUUUAAACAACAGCUCUGUAAAACUGAGAUCAGCCAGUGUGUCACUACAGGAGAUAUAAAGACCUUCUUCGAUUCUGAGGGCAUCCCCUACCGUAACUAUGAGCUUCUGUCCCAGAUGGACAUCACAGAGUGUUUCACUGAGGGAGACCCGGUAGGAGAACUGCUGCUGGAUUUCCUUACUGAGGUGAUAGAGUUCAGUAAGAAUGCUCCUGAAGACCUGAAGAAAGGAGUGCUGGACUUACUGAGACAUCCUGACUGCAGUAGAGAGGUGGACGGCAGGAUCAUUUUCAACAACAAUCUGGGAGUAUUAGUGGUUGAGCCAUAGAUAUAAAGCAGUAGCUAUAUAUAUAUAUAUAUAUAUAUAUAUAUAUAUAUGUAGCUUUAUAUCUCACCUCCACAAGGCCUUUGCAGUUAAGAUUCAGUCUAAUACAGUGGUUCUGAGCCUUUUUGACUCCAAGGCCCCUGAUUGUCCUCAACAAUAUUGAAAGGGCACAUGACGUUAUUAGUUACUACAGUUAUUUAUGAUUUACUGGAUAAGGAUAAGGAUUUUAACUCAAUUGUAAAAUGUCUACCUCCUAAAAUAUUUUAGAGCUUGGCUGUGGGAAACUAGAAAAAAAAUAAUUAUUAAAAAUGUCUAUCAACAAGUUGUAAGAAUUUGUUAUUUAUAUAAUUUUUCCAGGUCUAGAAAUCACACUUUUAAAAAUGAGCAUAUCUAGGUUUGCAAGUCCAGAGUGGGUGAAUUAAAAUAAGAAAUGUCUUUUUUAUUUAUUUGUUUAUUUUUUUUUUAACAAUGUCUAAUUUUAAAAAGAAUUAACUUGGGGCGUAGUCUGGUUGAGAAUCACUGGUCUAAUGGAAGUACAAAAUAUCUGUAUUUUCACAUUUUAUUAAAAUAAUCUGUUUCUAUACUGAUUUUCAACACAGAUAAUGAGAAAAGUAAGCAUAUAUUUUUAAUACAUUCAUUAAAAUACUGUCUCCUCAUUCUAGGCACCUGCUGUUCUAAAGCCUGUUGUAAUAUUGUAUCAAUGAUAUUGAUAUGGGUGAAAAAACAGGAUAAGGAAAACUAUAGAGAACAGUGCAUAGUUUAGCCUGCAUCAACAUCAAACAAAGCUGUUUAAAUGAAGGCUCUGUAGGUGACUGGCGGUUCAUAUGCAUAAAGAGACCUUGUAGCACAAACUCCAGUAUGAGUAACUCUGCUUUGUGAAACUUACAUGAGCAGCAAGAAGACCUUUGUAUGUUGACUUAUUAACUUUAUCAUGACAUAAAUGAGAUUGUAUUGUUUGGUGGCUA